AUGGCAGAAGAUGGUGAUCAAGUAAGGCCUGUUACUCAAGGAACAACAAUUGAAGAACCACUUGAUCUUAUUCGUUUAAGUUUAGAUGAAAAAGUUUGUGUUAAAAUGCGUAAUGAAAGAGAAUUAAGAGGACGUUUACAUGCAUUUGAUCAACAUUUAAAUAUGAUCUUAGGUGAAGUCGAUGAAACUGUUACAACAAUUGAAAUAGAUGAAGAAACAUUUGAAGAAAUUUAUAGGCCAUCGAAACGUCAGAUUCCAAUGUUAUUUGUUCGCGGUGACGGUGUUAUUUUGAUAUCACCAUUAACAAAAUCCCAAACAUAA